CCUGGCUGAGCGCCGCCAGUUUCUGGGAGCCUCAAGCUGAGCAGCGGAGACUGCGCACGGUUGAAAAAGCGCCCUUGUCAGAGCGCUGAGCAAGGGUCUAAGAACCCGCGGGGCUGCAGGUGUACGGCGACUACGAGGGCUGAGCGCGACCCGGUACGAGCGGUUUAGCACCGGCCAGGGCGCCCUCUGGACAUCUCUGCGGGUCUCCAGGAGCCUGAGCCCCUGCAGAUCCCGCCUCACCUCGCCUCAAGCUGCAGCCGCCGGACCAUGGAGUCCCCGGUUCAGAUCUUCCGUGGGGAGCCGGGCCCCACCUGCGCCCCGAGCACUUGCUUGUUCCCCAAUGGCAGCGGCUGGUUCCCAAGCUGGGCGGAAUCCGACAGCAACAGCAGUGCGGGCUCCGAGGACGCGCGGCUGGAACCAGCGCACAUUUCCCCGGUCAUCCCGGUCAUCAUCACGGCAGUCUACUCUGUGGUGUUCGUCGUGGGCUUGGUGGGCAACUCCCUGGUCAUGUUCGUGAUCAUUCGAUACACUAAGAUGAAGACAGCAACCAACAUUUAUAUAUUUAAUCUGGCUUUGGCAGAUGCUUUAGUUACUACAACCAUGCCCUUCCAGAGCACUGUCUAUCUGAUGAAUUCCUGGCCAUUUGGAGAUGUGCUGUGCAAGAUAGUCAUUUCCAUUGACUACUACAACAUGUUUACCAGCAUAUUCACCUUGACCAUGAUGAGUGUGGACCGGUAUAUUGCCGUGUGCCACCCUGUCAAGGCAUUGGACUUUCGCACACCCUUGAAGGCAAAGAUCAUCAAUAUCUGUAUUUGGCUUCUAUCUUCAUCUGUUGGCAUAUCUGCGAUAGUUCUUGGAGGAACCAAAGUCAGGGAAGAUAUCAUAGAGUGCUCCUUGCAGUUCCCGGAUGACGAUUACUCCUGGUGGGACCUCUUCAUGAAGAUCUGCGUCUUUGUAUUCGCUUUUGUGAUCCCUGUCAUCAUCAUCAUCAUCUGCUACACCCUGAUGAUUCUGCGAUUAAAGAGUGUCCGACUGCUUUCUGGCUCCCGAGAGAAAGAUCGCAACCUGCGUCGGAUUACCAGGCUUGUCCUGGUGGUGGUGGCGGUCUUUAUCAUUUGCUGGACUCCCAUUCACAUUUUCAUCCUUGUGGAGGCUCUGGGGAGCACCUCCCACAGCACAGCUGCCCUCUCCAGCUAUUACUUCUGCAUCGCUUUAGGUUACACCAACAGCAGCCUGAACCCCGUUCUGUAUGCCUUUCUCGAUGAAAACUUCAAGCGGUGUUUCAGGGACUUCUGCUUUCCAAUUAAGGUGAGGAUGGAGCGGCAAAGCACUAGUAGAGUCAGAAAUACGGUUCAGGAUCCUGCUUACAUGAGGGAUGUUGAUGGCAUAAAUAAACCAGUAUGACUAGUCGUGGAGAUGUCUUCAUAUAGUUCUCCAGGAAAAGAAGAGUUCAAUGAUCUAGGUUUAACUCAGAUUACUACUGCAGUCUGAGAUGGAAAAGUAGAAUGUCUAACAAACUUUUAGAUAUCUCCUGGUCCGAAGUCAUAAGACUCAGGCUUUAUGGGUCACGCAUUAGUGACCCAGGUCAGUGGAAGUAUCAAGGCUUUAGGGAUUGAGUACAAAAGAUCUCAGUUAGCAAAUACAACCCCUCUCUAGGGCAGUGAAGCAAGGCUAACUCUCAGUUCCUUUGAUGAGCAAGAAACAAGCCUUUUUCUUCUGGUUACCAAAAUUUACUUAAGGACUCAGCUGCUGUGGCCUUCCUAUGCAAUGUGGUUUCAAAAGCUCUGCUUAGGAAAAAAUGAAAAAAGAGCACUUGUUUCAGAUCUUAGUGGGCAUCCAAACCAGAUGCCUAACAUUGACAGUUAACAACCUCAGUAAGAAUGACAACCAUUUCCAGGACCCAUGCCCUACUCACUUUAUGCUACAUUGGAUACAUAUUUCAUGUGGCUGUGUUAAUAAGGAUUCCAACUUAAGUUUGACUUGGAUCCACGCCUGAAUUUUCUGAUGUUCAUGUAUAAUAGAAAAUUAUCUUGAUCUUUAAAUAUUCAAAAAGUAGUUUCCAAUAUAGUUUAAUCUCUGGAACACUAUAUUUUUUAGCGUAGUAUUCAGAUAAAUAAUCUCAUGAUAAAGCAUGUCCUGAUGUUAAGAAGCAAAGUGGUUUAAAUGCCACCAAAAGUAUAUAUAGUUCCAUUUGUAAAUAAUAGUAAACAUGUAAAGAAGGAAUGGGUUUGCCUUCCAUCCAGGCAGUUUCUUGAGGCAAUGCUAAUGAUAUCCCCUGAAUAAUUUAGAGUUGAUGUUGAGACAUUUUGCUGCCACAUAAGCUUCUCUUUGUGAAUCAGUUAAUGGCGCCAUCUCUUUCAGACUUCCCGAGCACCAAUUGGUCCUUCAACAGUGCUCAUAACUUCUGUGUUAAUGAAUCACAAAAUAUUUAACUCACUCCCAGGUUGUAGCUCUUGUAGAAUCUAGUUUAUAUACAACAUCUCAUUAUGAAUAUAUACCUAUUACCAUAGUCUCUCUCUUCCUGGAGGGAGGGCAUUUUGCUCAUGUAAAUCUUGAGAGAUUAUUUUGUGGCUUUCAAAAGAAAGAUUUACACCUAAUUGUGGGUUGAAUGAGGACAUUAUGUCACUUGUGGGGUAUGGAUAUACCUUGCACUGUGUUAUGUGACGUGCAUUCCUGCUGAAGAUAAUGCCUGGAACAACACCUUUAGAGUAAUUUUGCUAAAAUUUGCAGGUGAUAUAUAAAUUCCCCCUUCUUUUCCCUGAAACUAUGAUUUCAGAGGUAAUGACUUUUAAUGUAAUUUUCAAAAGAAAGGGAUACUUUAGAAAUAACACCCAUCUUUUCCUUAGCCUAUGCGUUAUUAGGGUAUUAUCCUCUGGAACUUAAUAAGAAAAUCAAAUGUAUAGACCUAUAUAGCUAUAGACAUCACAACUUUUAUAAGUUCUGUUCACUGUGUGUUUUCUCUCUUGCAUAUAUACUCUCUUCUUCUGAAUUGAAAGUUUUAUAUAUGGCUUCAGAAUUUUGGUAUGAUGUUUGACAAUUAGUUUGUCAAUUCCAGAUUUUCUUGGUACCUGAUACAGAUGCCUUACAGCAGCAAGGCAAGAUUUUUCCUGGUGAUAACAAAGUGCGCUUUGAUUAUUUAUUACAUUUUAUUGACUUUUUUUUAGGUGUCCUUGUAGUCUUAUAAUAAAUGUAGAUGGGAAUGGCUUAAAUAUCAAUUGCCAUUCACCCCAUAGUUAAAAAUCUUGGCUAUCAUAUAGAAGGGAUAUCUAUUUAGUGAGUAGUUUCAGAAAUAAACCCUACUGGAGUGGAAAAUGCAGAAGCCUCUUUACAACAGUAAAACGCAGGAGAUUUACUUGAAGAAUUUUUACACGGUGCAAAACUACAACAGAGACAAAAAUCGUAGAACAAACUUAUAAUAAUGUGCUCUCUUUAAAUUAGUACCCCACAUGCCUUCAUAAUAUCAGUUGCCAUUAUUGGAGCCUGACUGAGCUUUAGACUAAUCCUACAUCUCUUCAUAUCUAAGUUUGCAGCCCAAAGAGAGAGAGAAGUGGCUCUAAGUGCCCAUGAGGAAUGUUAUAAACUUCAUUAUUACUAAAACCAAUUUUCCCAAACUGAAAGAGGAAGGAGAAUGACUAUGUAAUUUUAGGGCACUACAUUAAAGAAUGAUAAAGUGAAUCAUGUACAUUAGGGAAAAUACCAAUUACACAAAUGUUAUUUCUUUGUUAAAAGUGAGUGUGUGUACAAAUGUGUGUGUGUGUGCAUGUGUGUGAGAGUGUGUGCAUACAUAUCUGUGUCAUAAUGUGCAUGCAUGCAUGCAUGUGCAAGUGUGUGUAUGUGUCUGUGUGUGUGUAUGUGUUGUCAUGAAGCAGUGGUCAUAAUGUGAUUGCUUCAUCAUUUCAGACAAUGCAUUUG